AUGGCCACCUCCCGCGGUGCAGGCUUCUUGGUCAAGCACGUUUCAAGAUCCACAAUUACAACUUCGCGAUGGGCAAUAGCACAAUGCGUACAACAAAAGCCAUGGAAUAACACCACAUUGUAUCGCUCGCGCUUCUCAACAUCCAGUCACCGGCAAAUAAUGGACCUGGCUGGAUUUACUGAGGAACAAUUAACUGUACGUGAAGCGGUCUCACAGAUCUGCUCCAAUUUCCCGUCGACGUACUGGCAGGAAUGCGAUCAGCAUGAAAAAGAUCCAAAGGAAUUUCACGCGGCUUUGGCAAAGGAUGGCUGGCUUGGAAUUGCGCUCCCGGAAGAGCUCGGCGGGUCUGGGUUAGGAAUUUCCGAGGCAACAAUGAUGAUGCAAACGAUCACUCAGUCCGGUGCAGGCAUGGCAGGUGCCCAGUCAAUUCACGCGAAUGUCUACGCAACCCAGCCAUUGGCAAAAUUUGGCACCAAGGAACAGGUCGAAAGGACCAUCCCAAAUAUCAUCAGCGGCAAGUGGCGGACAUGUUUUGGCGUCACCGAGCCUAAUACCGGUCUUGAUACGCUCCGGUUGACAACCACAGCGACAAAAUCCAAAGACGGCAACUCGUAUCUUGUUUCUGGUCAGAAGAUCUGGAUUACUUGUGCACAAGUAGCAUCAGUCAUGAUCUUGUUGGCUCGCACGACUCCCUUGGAUGAAACUAAGAAGCCUAAUGAAGGCCUCUCUAUGUUUGCUAUUGACUUGGAUCGUAGUCGCCCCGGCUUGGAGUUGAAGAAAAUCAAAAAGAUGGGAGGCCGCGCCGUUGACGCAAAUGAAGUUUUCUUCGACAACUAUGAAAUACCUGCCGGUUCUCUGAUUGGGAAAGAAAGCGAUGGUUUCAAGGUGAUUCUUCACGGUAUGAAUGCCGAACGGUGUCUAUUAGCAGGAGAAGCUCUCGGACUCGGAUAUGUCGCUCUAGAAAGGGCUUCGCAGUAUGCUCAAGAGCGAAACGUUUUUGGGCGGCCCAUUGGCAAGAACCAGGCCAUUGCCCACCCUCUUGCCGACGCUUAUAUGAGACUUGAAGCAGCCAAGCUGGCGACAUAUCACGCUGCUCGGAUGUAUGAUGCCUCCAAAACAGAUAGCUCGAUCUCCUUCCAGGCUGUCGGGACUGCUUGUAACAGUGCCAAGUACCUCGCUGCUGAGGCUGCAUACACUGCCUGCGAGCGUGCCGUUAUGACACAUGGGGGCAUGGGCUAUGCUGUGGAGUAUGAUGUCGAAAGAUGGUUACGAGAAUGUUUUGUGCCGCGCAUUGCUCCUGUUAGCCGUGAAAUGAUCCUGAACUACAUCAGUGAGAAGGUGCUACAGCUACCUAGAAGCUACUAA